AUGAGGUUUACUGAGGAAUGAAAUAGCCAGCAGCAUUUUCUGACUCGUUUGAACGAUGAUGUGAACAGAGUACGACCUGUUAGAAAGCAUCAGUAACAACUUCAGUAUAUCAGAGGUGCGAAUCAACACAGCAGCAUUUCAACCGUAUACCGAGGACACUGUCCUAAGAAUAAGUGCCAAAUGCCAAGAUUAGAAGAACAUUGUUGGAGUUGCUCCUGUUCUACCAAUGUGAAGUCGAAGGAUUUGUCAAGCGCAAGUUGGAUCGCAUCAAAAUUAAGCGAAAUGAUGUCCAUCUUAACAUCGAUGCUCAGUCAUGUCUACCGCUCCUUGUACAGCGUCCACUCCACCAAUUUAAUCCGACGAGGGUUAGUACUAUUUACCGUCGGGGUGCUCCUAGCCCUGGUACUCAAUUUGCUUCAGAUUCAAAGAAACGUUACGCUUUUCCCCGAGGGAGUGAUGGACACUUUAUUUUCAUCUGCUUGGUGGAUUCCGCUUUGCUGUGGAACUGCAGCUGCUGUGGUGGGUCUGUUGUACCCCUUUUUGGACAGUCACCUUGGGGAGCCCCACAAGUUCAAACGGGAGUGGGCCAGUGUGAUGCGGUGUAUUGCUGUGUUCGUUGGCAUCAACCACGCCAGUGCUAAACUGGACUUUGCCAAUAACGUCCAGCUGUCCCUGACCCUGGCAGCCCUGUCCCUGGGGCUGUGGUGGACGUUUGACCGAUCCAGGAGCGGUUUCGGCUUGGGGUUGACCACUGCCCUGCUGGCCACCCUCGUCGCCCAGUUUCUGGUCUACAAUGGCAUCUAUCAGUAUACUUCUCCAGACUUCUUGUAUGUGCGUUCAUGGCUGCCCUGUAUUUUCUUCUCUGGGGGAGUGACAGUGGGCAACAUUGGGCGUCAGCUGGCCAUGGGCUCCAAUGAGAAACCUCACAACGACUAAUGGACAGGUCAGAGGGGUCCAAUGAGAAAGCUCGAGCUUGGGCACGUGCCAACGCGAAGAACCAACCUCAGUAUUGGACAACCUGGAAGAGAAGCAGAGGAGGGGAGGAGUAAAGACACUUCAGUUGAAAGACAGGGAAAAAAAAAACACUUCUGCUCUUACGUUUUUCGACUCUCCUGUUUCUCAACAACCUGAAUGGACCAGUGAACACCGACUCAGCUCAAGGUGCCAAGUGCGAGAGAUGCUCCUAAUGGCCAAAACACCCCUCCCUUCCCUCCACGUCACCACCAACGCCAUCCUCAAAAUUCCCCCCACGUUAGCCUUGGCAUUUUUCUUCUUUUUUUUUUUCUUUUUUUUUUUUUUGUUGUAAAUGGAGUGGCGAAAGAGUGUACCACGUAACCAUGACGCUAACUGCUUUCGGUUUUACUUUGUAAGAGUGGACAAUUAGCUUUUGAACGGGUGAUUGUGAGUGUGUGUGGGUGGUUGUUUGUGUGCAUAGCUCUGACAGCUGAGAUGAGAAAUGGGGCGGUGAAGGAAGUAUACGCUCCUUAAUAUGUUCUCUUUUUUUUUUUUUUUUUUUCUUCAUUUUUGUUUUUUUGCGGGAGAAUAAGAUAUUUAGGAAAGGGAAAAAAAAAACAGGCUGUGCAAAUAUGUCUUGGGACACCAGAAGAGAUCUGUGCGUA